ACCAUGAUGACGUGGCCAUACAUAUUGUUCCUAGGUUUUGUUCUCCUCGUGUGAACCAUUCUGACGGCGCAUGAUUCGUAUCAGUCCCAAACCAAGCUUUCUAGAGAGAGAUAUCAAUGGAGGUAGAAGAAGGUGAAUGGUCGAAGCUAAGCAUAUACAAAGCAGCAAGAACUAUAAAAAAAAGAGACAACAGUUUAUACAACGCACUCAGAUCUAUCUACCAAGACUCAGUUUUUGUCUCUGAAAUCUCUCAAUUAUGGCCUCAACUUCCUCUUCUCGCAAAUCUCCGUUGUGGUUUAUGGUACUCUUCGAAUUUUCAUUCGACAUGUUACUUCAAAUCAACCGAUGGUCACACCAACAACUGUUCUUUCUCAACUUCUCGUCUCAAUCUGCAUGUCGCUCAUCUUGCAGCGCAGAAAGGUGGUUGCAUGAUUGUUGAUUCUACUAGAAGAGGAAAACGUUUCCCUGAUAGCAUGUCCAAAACUAUACCUAUUUGGACUUGUGUUCUUAAUCGUGCGAUUUCUCAAUUUAGAACAGAUUCUAACAUUCAUGAGAAUGAUGCUGCAUUGCCUCAAGAGGAUUGUAAUGGAUGUGGUGAGAUUGCAAGAGAUUGGGAUUGCUCUUUGCACCUUCCUCUUUGGGUUCCACAAACAGAAAAGGCUUCCAUUGAGGAGCAUUUAGAGGAAUGGACGGAACAAUUGAAAGCAAGUGGAGCUGACAUUGCUUCUCUUGCUGUUUCCUUGAAGAAACCGUUACGUCCGCUUUGGAUUUCUCAGAAAACUGUCAUCUGGUUAAACGAAGUUCCUCAUCAUGACUCUUGGGAUUUCACUCCCAUCAUACUUGUUUCCGCUUCUUCUUCGUCGAACGGAGUAAGCCAACACAAUAGGACUACUUCCGAGUUUAGCUGGAAUUAUAUACCUGGUGCUGGAGACGACGAAGAAAGUUGGUCUAGGGGUUUAACUCCACCUCUCUUUUGGAAUCACGUUUAUGAUCUUAUAAAUUCCGGUCCAGAAUUGUGUAACCAGAAGGUUGCUGAUAUAGUUGAAAAGAGUAGAGUUUGUCGUGCUUAUAGAGGAGAGAAUGCUCCUCAGAUUAGAGUUAAAUCACUUUCACACGAAGAACCGUCACUGGCUUCUGAUAUUGCAAAUACUGAAGUUGACGCGAACGAGUCUUCGGAAGAUUUUGAAGUUUCUUGGUUGGGUUUAACUAAUCUGGCAGUUGGUGCAUCUCAAUUUGCUACGGAUGCAGCUGAUUUUGACUGCGUAUUAAAUUGUGAUAGUGAGUCCAUCUCGGUUUCUGCGGAAGCAUAUCUACAUCUUCCAAUGGUGAGUUCGAAGUUUGAUCGGUUUUCCUUAUUAAACAAUCUUUCUGAAGCCGUGAGCUUCGCGAAGUUCAACCUUAUCCAAGGAAAACGACUUCUGGUUUGUUGUAAUAAUGGGGAAGAUAUUAGUGUAUGUGUUUGUUUAGCAAUUUUGAUGUCAUUAUUUGAUGAAAAAGGGACUUUUGAUGGUGGGGAAUCCUUCAAUACAACACAUGUUACUAAAUGGGAUAUGAGGCGACGGCUCGUAUUUGUCUGUAAAUUUGCAACAAAUGCUCGACCGUCCAGAGGAAAUUUGAGGCAAGUAUUUAACUUUCUUAUUGGUGGAAAAUGCAUUCUUCAACCUCAGGAGGAUGAUGGAAGUGAUGAGGAUUGCUAGAAUAUGUGAAUUUAUCAUUCCUCAAUCUAGAAUAUGUGAAUUUAUCAUUCCUCAAUUGUUUCUAACUUAGUAGUAUUUCCUUUUUAUAAUUGAUAUUUGUAUACCUAAGUUAAUGCAAGUUUCCUGGCAAAUAACAGCAACUUGACAUAGACUUUUACUGACGAAGGUCAUAAAACAUGUAAAGUAUGAAUAAUUUCCAAAUUUCUAUAGCUUUUAUGCCCCUUAGAGGUACUAGUUUUAUGCAGUAACCUUCAAUGGCAUUUUAUAUUUUAACUUUGAAGUGAAUGUAUGCU